AUGGAGCUGCUGCAGUGUCUUGCUGCUCUCCCGGAUCCUCCCUUUCCAGCAGCAGCAGCAGCAGCAGCAGCAGCAGCAGCGCCAACAGCAGCAGCAGCAACAGCAGCAGAUGCAGAUGCAGCUGCUGCUUCUGCUGCCGAGGCUCAAGCCGCGGGAGAGCAGCAAGACACUGCAGCAGCAGAAGCAGCAGCAACACAAGCAGCAACAGCAGCAGCAGCAGCACCAGCAGCAGCAGGAGUGGAAGCAGCACCAGCAGCAACAGCAAAUGAAAAUAGCAAGGAGUCAGAGGGCCUCAAAGGGGGCGCCGAAUCGUGCUGCUCGCCUCGCAGCAGCAGCAGUAGCAGCUCUAGCAGCAGCAGCAGCAGCAACAGCAGCAGCAGCAAUAGCAGCAGCAGCAGCGAAAGCAACAGCAGCAGCAGCAGCAGCAGCAGCAGCAGCAACUGUCCUUGCUUCAGAGGUGGAGCCGGCGACGCUCUGGAGGUCGCUCGCCUCGCCUUACAGCUGCUGCAGCAGCAGGCUGCGCAGCAGCAGCCGCAGCAGCAGCAAGCUGCACAGCAGCAGCAGCAGCAGCAGCAGCAGCGAGGCCCGCUGCAGUUGCUGUGUGAAGCAGCUAAACUGCAGCAGCAGCAAACUGCUGCUGCUGCUGUUGAUGCACCCAGAAGCCCCAAAUCCAACGGCAGACCAGCAGCAACAGCAGCAGCAGCAACAGCAGCAGCAGCAACCGCAGCAGUAGCGGCAGCAGCAGCAGCAGCAGCAGCAGCGGACACAGUGGGAGCAGCAGAAGUGGAGACAGACUGUGCGGCACUACCGCAGGAGUCUAGCCUGCAGCAGCAGCAGCAGCAGCAGCAGCAGCAGCAAGAGGCACUGGAGCACUUGAAGCGUCAGCUUGCUGCCUAUUCUGAUGAGGUGGAGGAGCUGCGUCAGCUGCUGCAGCAUCACCAGCAGCAGCAGCAGCAGCAACGGCUGCAGCAGCAAGAACAGCAGGCAGAAGCAGAAGAACUUAAAGCGCAGCAGCAGCAGCUGCUGCAGCAGCUGCAGCAGCAGCUGCAGCAGCUACAACAGGAGAGAGACGAAGCAUGGAGCCGCGUGCAGGAGCUGCAGGAGGAGACAGCACUGCAGCAGGAUGAGCUUGCAGCAGCAAACAGGCAGCAGCUGCUGCUGCGGGAUAGACACGAGCGCAGCGCGAAGGAACAGCAGCAGCAGCAGCAGCAAGACAUGCAGCAGCAGCGACGCAGACAUCAGCAGCAGCUGCAGCAGCUGGAGACCGCAUUCAGCGCCUCCUUAACGGAGGUAAAGGAAGCAGCAAAACGGCAGCAGCAGCAGCAGCAGCUGCUGCUGCAGCAGACUCUAGAGAAGCUGCAGCAGCAGAAGAAGGACCACGAGAAGGAGAUUCAGCAGCAGAAGGAGCAGCAGCAGCAGCAGCAGCAGCAACUGCAGCAGCUGCAGCAAGCUCUGAGACAAGCGAACCGAAAAAACACAGAACUAAAUAAGGUGCUGCAGCUAGCAGCAAAAGAAGAAAAUGAAUUUGAGCUGUCUCUACACAGAGUAACAAAUAAGCUGCAGCGGGCGGUGGAGGAGACACGGCUGCUGCAGCAAGACAAGCAGCAGCUGCAGCAGGCUGUUGCUGCAGCAGAAGCUAAAAACACAGAACACCAGCAGCAGCAGCAGCUGCUGCUGCAGCGCAUCAACAGACUGCAGCAGCAACUCCAGGAUAUUCAAACUACAUGGACGCCGAGGGAGAAGCUGCGAGAGCUGCGGGAGAAGCUGCGAGAGCUGCGGUGUGAACGAGAUCUGCUGCAGCAGCAGCUGCAGCAGCAGCAGCAGCAACUGCAGCAGCAGCAGCAACUGCAGCAGCCACUGCAGCAGCAACAGCCAUCUGCUGCAGAGCUGCAGUCGUUGAAAGCAGCUGCUGCUGCUGCUGCUGCAGCGCAGCAAGCAGCAGAAGCUCAGGCCAGAGAAGCAAAACAAGCUGCAGCAGUGCAUGCGCGAGUGCUGCAGCAGCAAGAAGAGCAGCUGCAGCAGCAGCAGCAGCUGCUGCUGCAGAAGGAAGAGAUGCUGCAAGAGGCAAACAUAACAGCAAGACGACGAGAGAAGGAGCUCGAGAGAAAGGUAGAAGACUACGCAGAGCGGGCAAUAGAGUGGCAUCGGCGGUACCGAGAAGAAGUUGAGGGGGCGAGGGAUGCAGCAGCUGCUGCAGAGCGGCAGCAGCAAGAGGAGAUAAGGCGGCUGCAGCAGCAGCAGCAACAGCAGCAGCAGCAGCUGAAGCAGAAAGACGAGGCCCUAGACUUCGCACAGCGUGAGCUGCAGCAGCUGAUGCAGGCGGUGCAGCAGCAGCAGCAGCAGCAGCAGCAGCAACGCGAGCAGCAAGACAAAGAGAUACUGCGUGUCCAGCAGCAACUGAAGGAGGAGCGAUUCGCACAGCGUGAGCUGCAGCAGCUGAUGCAGGCGGUGCAGCAGCAGCAGCAGCAGCAGCAGCAGCAGCGCGAGCAGCAAGACAAAGAGAUACUGCGUGUUCAGCAGCAACUGAAGGAGGAGCGGCGGCAGCACGAGGAGCAGCAGAAGCAGCAGCAGCAACUCCUUAAGAAGCAGGAGCAGCAGCUAGCCAAGCUAGCUGAGCAGCUACGCAGCAGCAAACAAAAAACCCUAAAUAGAGAGCUAGAGCUCCGCGUGCUGCUGCAGCACUGGGAGAAGAGAAAGGAGACAGCAGCAGAAACAGCCAAACACCUCAACCACCUCCUCAAAAAACUACAGCGAGAUUUCGGCGACCACCACAGCUAG